UCUGCGGCUACAAAGCUGGACCGGUUGCGGUUUCCUUGGUUACCUGGGCUCAUUGAGUCCAGUCAUCAUGCCUAUCCGUGCUCUGUGCACCAUAUGUUCUGACUUCUUCGACCACUCCCGUGACGUAGCCGCCAUCCACUGCGGUCACACUUUCCACCUGCACUGCCUAAUUCAGUGGUUCGAGACAGCACCAAGUCGGACUUGCCCCCAGUGCCGAAUCCAGGUUGGCAGAAGAUCCAUUAUCAAUAAGCUCUUCUUUGACCUUGCCCAGGAAGAGGAAAGUGUCUUAGAUGCAGAAUUUUUAAAGAAUGAACUGGAUAAUAUCAGAGCCCAGCUUUCCCAGAAAGAGAAGGAGAAACGAGACAGCCAGGCCAUCAUUGACACUCUGCGGGACACUCUGGAGGAGCGCAAUGCCACCGUGGAAUCACUGCAGAAGGCCUUAGAUAAGGCUGAAAUGCUGUGCUCCACCCUCAAGAAGCAGAUGAGGUACUUGGAGCAGCAGGAGGAUGAGGCCAAACAAGCACGGGAAGAGGCUCGCCGACUCAGGAACAAGAUGAAGACUAUGGAGAGGAUUGAUCUCCUGCUUCAGAGCCAGCGGCCCGAGGUGGAGGAGAUGAUCCGAGACAUGGGUGUGGGACAGUCGGCGGUGGAGCAGCUGGCUGUGUACUGUGUGUCCCUCAAGAAGGAGUACGAGAAUCUAAAAGAGGCACGGAAGGCUUCAGGAGAGCUAGCUGACAAGCUGAGGAAAGACUUGUUUUCUUCCAGAAACAAGUUGCAGACAGUCUACUCUGAACUGGACCAGGCGAAGUUAGAGCUGAAGUCAGCCCAGAAAGACUUGCAGAGUGCUGACAAGGAAAUCACGAGUCUGAAAAAAAAGUUAACGAUGCUACAGGAAACCCUGAACUUGCCGCCAGCGGACAGUGAGACUGUGAACCGCCUUGUUUUAGAAAGCCCAGCCCCUGUGGAGAUGCUGAACCUGAAGCUUCGCCCGCCAGCCUUCAGUGAUGAAAUUGACCUCAACGCCACCUUUGAUAUGGACACCCCUCCUGCCCGGCCCCCCAGUGUCCAGCAUAGCCAAGCCAAGAAGCUCUGUGCAGAAAAGACAUACUCUCCUGUUCAAGACAUUGCCAAGAAGAUGCCCAAAAGCUCCAAGCAGGAAUCCCAGCUCUCACUGGGCGGCCAGUGCUGUGUGGGAGAGCCAGAUGAAGAGCUUGCUAGUGCCUUCCCUCUCUUCAUCCGGAAUGCAGUCCUGGGCCAGAAGCAGCCCAAGAGGAUCCGGGUAGAGCCAUGCCGAAGCACAGAUGCUGUAAGGACAGGCUUCGAUGGACUUGGAGGCCGGACAAAAUUCAUCCAACCUAGUGACAUGACUAUAAUCCGUCCACUGCCUGUGAAGGCCAAGGCCAAGGCUAAGCAGAGAGUGGCGGCAAGGACACUCCUCCCUGCCUCCCAGGCCAAGCUCGACGCUUUCCUGUGGUAGUGAGAACGGCAGGUCUGUCUGGGCACAUACAUGCCUCUGACUUGUCAGCUGAGGACUGGCUCAGCAGAGCGUAUGGGGGGCAUGGCCCCUCUUCUAGAACCAGCCCCAUGGGCAAGGAUAGAGAAGACGGGGAGAAGGAUGAGACCCAGAGACUGCACUCUCUGCUCCACCCUAGCUAUACUGGACCUACUUGAGGUAGCAGAUGUGACCAGCUCACCAUUCCUGCCAGAGGACAUGCUCUUGUUCUAGUCACCCCGGUAUAGCCAAAUGUGGCUAUACCUUUGUCCUCCAGACCAGGACCUUUGUUGAAGUUAAGGUCCAAAGUGUUUUUGAUGCUUCUCAGGCAGCUUUGGUCCAAAGUCUGCCCCUUCCCAUACUUGCUACUAGCCACGGCCUGGGCCAAACAGGGUGGGAUUGGGAGAUGGUG